AAGUGACGCGCGCGCGGUCGCGCCUGUGCAGUGACAGUUUACUUUUUAAUUUAUUUUUUUAGUGCUGUGCUCGGAUACAAUGAGGCUGAUUUUUUGGGUCACAGCCCUAGCUGUGCUCAGCAUAACGCAAGCUAAAAAUGCAACAGCAAAAGCGAAACCGAAACGACAGCUUGAAAGCAUACGAUCACCACACAACCUCCAGUACUCUUUAGUACUCCCACACUCGAGAGUCUCCCAUUUUAGAGCUCUCACCAGUAGCCGAAGGAUAUCCAAUGUCGUUCCCAAAGGGGGCAAACUUCCUCCCUAUGCAGUGCAGAUGGAACCUGUCGUACAAUACUCACAGAAAGACCCCCUUUACGAUCCUAACCUCGACAACCUUGACGAUGCAGUAGUAAAUCAAAACGAAUUAUAUGCGCAACCGAAAAUUCUUAACGUACAGGAUUCAGCUUCUGAAGGCACCUACAAUCCACCAUUCGGAACACUUCCUACCGCUCCGCUGUAUAGCCAAGAGCCACAUCCUCAUUACUAUGAAGCUCCAGAGCCAAUUAUUGAAAUUAUCAUCAAGGAGUCCAAUGAGUCUUUACCUGCUCCACCGCCACAGCCGAUUCAGAAAAAGAAGAAAGAACCUGUUCAAGUGUUUUAUGUGAAAUACAGCAAAGACCCGCACUCCAAGGACAAAGUUGUAUACGAUAAACCAGUCCCGGCUAUCACUCCGCCAUCAAACCAUGAAGAUGAUCAUCAUGAAGAAUAUGUUACUGUCACCCCUGAACCGAUUUAUACUCCAACUCAAACUACUACUUUAAGGGCAAUUAUCAAACCAGAAUCUGAAGUAUAUCACAGUGAUAGCAGUGUUAAAAUAACUUUUGGAAAUGAAGGUCAUCAUCAUCAUCAUAGUGAUAGACGUGAAAGCAACACGGAAGAUCAUGAAGAAACUGCACCUAGACCAGCUAUCGCUUUUCCCAAUCAACCAAAUCAUCUAUCACCAAGGCCACAGCAACAAGAACCUACUCCUAGACAAGUGGCUAAUCAUCAACCUCCCCAAACAUAUAGGCCACCACCACAAAACGCACAAAGCCGAAUCCAAUUCCAGCCUCCUUACUUAGCAAAUGAGCAGCAGCUUCCAAGGCAAGGUCCUUCUGUAGCUCCAUUUAGACCUCAAACAAAUGUUCAACGGCAGAAUCCUUUCGGACCAUCGCCUUCUUUGAGCCCACAUCCAAGCUCACAUCCUCAAUUUUCUAACAAUCUUCCAGGUCCAAUAAAUCAUUUUGGACCAACAGUUUCUGGACCACCCGCUCCAUCGUUCCCCACAUCUUUCCCGAGACCUAAUAGUCCGCCUUCAUUCCACCCUCGUCCUAAUGGCCCUUCAACAUUUGGCCCUCGCCCUCCUCAAUUCGGUGGACCUCCAAGAACUGGUUUUCACACUGGACCCCAACGACCAUUUAACCAGCCACACCCACAACAUAAACCUCCGCAACCAUUCUUUGAUGAGCCCAAAUACUUACAAGAGAAUUAUCAUACCAUAACUACUGACCAAAUUGAACCAGCUAAAGACCAACAGUUGCCGGGCAGAAAUCAACAAAACUUUAAUUUUGUUCCACACCCAAGUCCAAGCCCAACUCCUCAGUUCCAUGACCAUAACCGUCAACCGAUUAUUCCAGUUAAUCAGCAAUUGCCUCAACAACGUCCACCUCAGCAUUUUACAGAAUCACAAAACAAGCCUACAUUUUCUUUAAAUCCCAGUAGACCCCCAUUCUUCAACCUGAAACCAUCGCCACCCCAAAUUGAAAGUAACCGUCAACCUUUUGCUCAGCAACAUCAACCUCAACAUCCACCACAACAUCAACCUCAACACCCUCAACAGCAGCUGUUUAGUUUCCAUCAAGGUCCUCAACCAGUAUCGCGUCCUUCAGUCCAAAUUCCCGCUCAACACAAUAUUCAAAGCCAACAUUCUUUCUCAAACCCUAUUUCUGCCUCGCCCUCUCCAUCCCCAAUUCCUCAGCAUCAAUUCCUCCCUCAACCUUCAUCACCACCACUAUUCAAUUUCCAUCCUCAGCCAUCACCAACUCCUGAACAGCAUUUCCAUCAACCGAGUUUUUCCACUGAAAGACCGCAGUUCCAACAGCAACAUGGACCUUCGGAACGGCCACUUCUGAAUCGCCCAAGUAACUUCCAAGAUCAAUCCAAUCUUCAUCAUCAACAGAAUGUUGGACAAUUCGUUCCGAAUGGAGGUGAAUUAGUAGCUGCUAUACCAAAAUAUGAACAACAUAUCACCGUCAGUGGACCGAAUGCUCAACCCAAUUAUAAUGGCUUUAGUGUGGCUAAUCAGCCUUCUCCUUCCCCGUCUCCGUCUCCGUCUCCAUCUCCUGCCCCUACUGAACAAAGUUUCCAUCAUUUACAACAACAGCAACAGCAGCAACAACAACAACAAUUAUUUGAUGCUGAACAAGAACAAGUUAGGUUACAACUUGCACAAAAUGUUCAGAAACAACAGGAAGAAAUACAACGCCUCCAAGCGCAAUUAUUACAAGCUCAACAGCAACAAAAACAACAACAACAAAACAAGCAAAUUGAACAAGAGUACCGGCAACAGCAACAACAAAAGCAGUAUGAACAAUAUAAGCAACAAGAACAAAAUAAGCAAUAUGAGCAAUAUAAGCAGCAGCAACAAAACAAACAAUAUCAACAAGACUACGACCAGUUAUUAAGGAAUUUUGAUCAGCAACAACAGCAAAUUCAGGCUUCAACUCCAAGAUCAACUUAUUCUCAAUCUCAAGAAAGAUCAAGACCUCAGCAAAACUACGUUUCAAGUACGUCGUCGCCGCCAUAUUAUCAAUCUACGUCCAGAACCGUGGAAAUAAAACCGACUACUCAAAAAUAUGUAUCUUCGACGGCAAACUCGAUCAACACUACCCCAGAAGCAAAGAAAGAGGAAAAGAAGAAAAAGCCCGCAAUUGAACUACCUGAUGAGGUCCCAGAUGAUUUGCGACAGCAAUUACUGUCUUCGGGUAUCCUAGAUAAUGCUGAUAUUAGCGUUCUGGACUACGAUAAAGUAGGAGAUACACCUCUGGAGUCGCUGCCUCCUGACCAGUUAGCUAACUUUUUCAGUGCAGGCGGUGGCCAGCAGAUAGCAUCCAGUGAGCUCAGACCCAUUGUUGUAAAACCCAAUGGCGAUAGUAUAGAAUCUAGGAUAGAUGAAGAUGUGGAGGAAGAUCAAGAAAUUGCAGCAUCUGAAAAUGUAGCUACUUACGUUGCUCCCCCUCCUUCUACCAAUCAAGCCGUUGAAAUGAAAGUGGUUCACUUUGAUCCCAAAACAGCUGAAGGCCAGAAAAUCGCUAAAGAUUAUGUAAAAGAGGAUGCCACCCAGGUGGACCCCGUGGCUUUGAAUGACAAAAAAUACAAUAGAUACUUACCCUUGAAAGUAAGUGGAAAUCAAUUCCCUUUGCCUGAUAUUUUGAAGGGUAGAAAAGUAACGUCAGUUGUUGUGCUAGCACCAGUAGAAACGGAGGCGCUAAAUGGAGAUCACGUAAGGAAGGAGCGAGAGACAUCAAGCUUGAAAGGAAUCAAAUUUGUAGCAGGCGAUAGCUUACAAGAUUUAUUGAAACAACCAACAAAAGAUAACUUUCAAAAAUGGCUAGAUGUUGAAAAGAAGACUGCUUCAGAUUUACAAUCAGUCAUCCUCCUCGUUACUGGGACCGACGAGCCAUCGGAAGAGAGAGAGAUCUUCAUGUACGAUGUUGCUUCGGGAAAUGUCAACAAGCUAAGUGGAGAACUGUCCAACGCAUUCGUCGAAGCUGCCGAAAAUAAUUCACUGAGUAAAAACAUCGAAUCCUUAGCCAUAGAAGGAGAAGGUACCCCAGAAAACUUCAACAAAAACGACGAAACAGAUGAAACUGCUGAAGGAUCAGAAAACGUGCCAUUAUUUUUAGAUUUAUCUGACGUUAGUUUAGAUCAGGGAAAUAGCAAUCAAGUGUCAAUAUCCUCAGGAUAUAGCAAAACUAAACUCGGCAGAUCGUUAAGAAGACAUUCAUAAUUCGUGAAAGCCAUACGGCAAACUCUGUAAAUAGUAUGAUCUAAUUAGAAUAGUACGACUAAAUUAAUGGCGGCGUGAAGUUGUGUAUAGUCUAUUACGAAAGUGAUAAUCAGUUUGUACAAAAUAAAGUACCUUUUUUACAA